AUGUGGCAGGAGUACUCGGUCAUUCCUGUGCCCAAAAAAUGGCCAAGGGUUCCGCAUGGGCAGGACAGAAGUAUCUUUUCAGAUACUUCUGUAUUGCAUGGACGGCCAGCGCAAAUCAAAACACGAGCCCAGCUAAGUUUGCAAAAUCAUCUACAGGACAUACAGCGCGCGAAGCAAGCGAAUCAGGCAGCUCAAAUCAAGGCAGGCUUGAUUCCGAAUCCCAAUGACAACAAGUUCCGAGACAGCAAGCCUCGACUCCUAUUAAUGGGCCUACGACGAAGUGGAAAGUCGUCGAUAUCGAGCGUCGUGUUCCAUAAGAUGCCCCCAAACGAGACGCUUUUCCUUGAAUCCACAACCCGAAUUCAGAAAGAUUCCAUUCAUUCAUUUAUGGACUUUCAGGUUUGGGAUUUCCCCGGUCAGCUGGAAUUGCUUGACCCGUCAUUUGACUUGGAAAGCAUUUUUGGCUCUAUAGGUGCCCUGGUCUGGGUGAUCGACGCACAAGACGACUAUCUGGAGUCAGUUGUCCGACUAAACCGAACGAUUUUGCUCGUAUUACAAUAUUAUCCGAACAUCAACAUUGAGGUCUUCAUUCACAAGGUCGACGCACUUGCGGAUGAGUUCCGGACAGAGGUUUUCCAAGACAUUGUACAGCGCAUAUCCGACGAGUUGAGCGAUGCAGGCUACGAAAACGCGCCUGUACACUACUAUCUGACAUCCAUCUAUGACUAUUCCGUCUUUGAGGCUUUUAGCAAAGUGAUACAGAAGCUUAUUCCACAACUAUCCACACUCGAAAACUUGAUCAAUAUUCUUGCUAACAACUGCGGGUUCGACAAAUGUUAUCUUUUCGAUGUAUUAAGCAAGAUUUAUAUCGCGUCUGAUACUCGUCCGGUUGAUAUGUCGUGCUAUGAGAUGUGUUCUGAUUAUAUUGACGUUAUUGUUGAUAUAUCUGAACUAUACUCUUGGGAACAUACCGACCGCAAACCAAAGGGGGAGCAAAUGCGCGAGGCGGAGUCUCAUGUCAUCCUCCAGGAUCGCAGCAUGAUUCAUUUAAUGGAGAUGAACAAGUAUCUUUGUCUAGUCUCGGUAAUUCGGAACCCCGAUGCCAAUGAGAAGAAAGGGCUCAUUGAUAUGAACUGUCGUGUUUUCCAAGAGGCUCUCAAUGAAGUGUUUUCCCGUCCAUGGGAACAGCCAGAGGACCUAAACACGGUAGAAGAGGUUCAUGAGGAGCAAUAA